CGCGAGCGUGUCUCCAGACGGCUUUGGGGCUGCUGUGGCCGGGCAAGAGGACUUGCAUGUGUCGCUUCAGCUGGCGGGAGCGGAGGCGGCGGGGGCUGUGCGACCGGCUGGGUUUGUGAGAUGGCUACCGACAUUUCUGAAUCCAGUGGGACUGAUUGCAAAGGCGAUACGAGGAACAGUGCCAAGUUAGAUUCCGAUUACCCUCUUCGAGUCCUUUAUUGUGGAGUUUGUUCACUACCAACAGAGUACUGUGAAUAUAUGCCUGAUGUUGCUAAAUGUAGACAAUGGCUAGAGAAAAAUUUUCCAAAUGAAUUUGCAAAACUGACUGUAGAAAAUUCACCCAAACAAGAAGCUGGCAUUAGUGAAGGUCAAGGGACAGUAGGGGAAGAGGAGGAGAAGAAAAAGCAAAAGAGAGGGGGAAGAGGUCAAAUAAAACAGAAGAAGAAGACAGUGCCACAGAAGGUCACAAUAGCCAAAAUUCCCAGAGCGAAGAAGAAAUACGUGACGAGAGUGUGUGGCCUUGCAACAUUUGAAAUUGAUCUCAAAGAAGCACAAAGAUUUUUUGCUCAAAAAUUCUCCUGCGGUGCCUCAGUAACAGGGGAGGAUGAGAUCAUCAUUCAGGGAGACUUCACAGAUGACAUAAUUGAUGUCAUUCAGGAAAAGUGGCCAGAGGUGGAUGAUGACAGCAUCGAAGACCUUGGAGAAGUGAAAAAGUGAUUCUGGAGUCAUGUGUGUCUGAGCUGACCUGAGAGUUGACACGGCCUUUCAGAAAUAUAUACAUAUGUAUAUAUGUGUACAUAUGUGUCCUACAGUAAAACUGUAGACUCCU